GGUUCCAAACAGCCGUGGCCCGCGGUGUCUGGCGCUCGGUGGGUGUGGUUGCCCCUAGUUUGAGGCCUGCCCGAUUACCUGCAAGACUUGGGCAAGCCCCGGGCGCCGCUCCGACCACGACAGGGAAAGGUAAAGCGAACUGUGCUCCUUGGGGCUCGCCAGGCUCCCUUGCGAGGGGGAAGGUAAUGGUUUCAAGCAGCCCAGGCUGGGUUCCGGAUCUCUAGGACUCCAUGGCUGCGAUCUCCUCGCUUUCCUGGACGUCUUACCUCCGGAUGUACUCCAGUCUCAGUGCCCCUCAAUAAACGUUAACCUGCUUUGCCAAAAUAUAAAUGUUUAAAAAGGUGAAGAAGCAAGGAAUUUUUCGUUUUACCUUAAUGUUAAGGUUUACUUUAAAGGUAGAUUUGUACUGUAGCAGAACCGGGUGACAAAUUGGCUUCCUCUUAUUACCUGGGAAGAUAACUACUGGUUUUCAGCUUGUGAUAAAUACUCCUUCCGUUGUCUUUUGCCCCCAGCCAGAUCUGUUUCACCGAGAAGGAGUAGUUUGCACAAGGUGGUAACUUCCUCCAAGUUCCCAUCUAGCUUUCUUAACCAACCUUUUUUCUCUCCUUUGGGCGGCAGUUGAUCUGCUGGACACUUAUUUGGCUUAACAAGGUUUGUUAAACACCUAGUAUAUGCCAGGCGUUAUGCCAGGGAUUGGGGAUGCAGAAAUAAAGAAGAUGUGUUCGCAGUGCCCGAGUUCACUCACAAACCUUGAGGGGGAGGAUGUCGUCAAGUGAACAGAUAGUUCUAGAAUCUAGGCAAUGCGGCACAUUCUUGGGUAGGUUUAUGGUUGAACAGAGGAGACUAAUGGAAUGGAUGACCUAAAAGUGGACUGGGAUGGGGAUGGCAGGGCUGAGUCUGUGAGGUUGGGCGGGAGGGAACCUAGUCCCAGAGUCUUCUGCAGCCUGGACCAGACUGCUUAAGCACUGCUGGGUUUAGACUGUCAUUUACAAAUAGGAGCCGCUAGAAGUGAACUUCUGAUAACUAUUCUGUCCGUCCCUAAUUCUGUCCUUCCCUAAAAGGAACCUUAAUCUCAUCUUUAAAAUAAGGAGAAUUACUGAGUGACCUGAAGGACCCUUUUCAGUUGGAAAGUCUGAAUUGACCAACACUGUUUGGAUGAAUUUGACCAUUUAUUAGGAGACUGGAAUGUUAAGUUUCUAUAAAUGAAUGAACCAGUUCUCUCUUGUUUGGAGCAAUGCUGAAAUUCCAAGAGGCAGCUAAGUGUGUGAGUGGAUCAACAGCCAUUUCCACUUAUCCAAAGACCUUGAUUGCAAGAAGAUACGUGCUUCAACAAAAACUUGGCAGUGGAAGUUUUGGAACUGUCUAUCUGGUUUCAGACAAGAAAGCCAAACGAGGAGAGGAAUUAAAGGUACUUAAGGAAAUAUCUGUUGGAGAACUAAAUCCAAAUGAAACUGUGCAGGCCAAUUUGGAAGCCCAACUCCUCUCCAAGCUGGACCACCCAGCCAUUGUCAAGUUCCAUGCAAGUUUUGUGGAGAAAGAUAAUUUCUGCAUUAUCACGGAGUACUGUGAGGGCCGAGAUCUGGAUGAUAAAAUACAGGAAUAUAAACAAGCUGGAAAAAUCUUUCCAGAAAAUCAAAUAAUAGAAUGGUUUAUCCAGCUGCUGCUGGGAGUUGACUACAUGCAUGAGAGGAGGAUACUUCAUCGAGACUUAAAGUCAAAGAAUAUAUUUCUGAAAAAUAAUCUACUUAAAAUUGGAGAUUUUGGAGUUUCUCGACUCCUAAUGGGAUCCUGUGACCUGGCCACAACUUUAACUGGAACUCCCCAUUAUAUGAGUCCUGAGGCUCUGAAACACCAAGGCUGUGACACAAAGUCGGACAUCUGGUCACUGGCAUGCAUUUUAUAUGAGAUGUGCUGCAUGACUCAUGCAUUCGCUGGCUCCAAUUUCUUAUCCAUGGUUUUAAAAAUUGUUGAAGGUGAUACACCUUCUCUCCCUGAGAGAUAUCCAAAAGAACUAAAUGCCAUCAUGGAAAGCAUGUUGAACAAGAAUCCUUCAUUAAGACCAUCUGCUAUUGAAAUUUUAAAAAUCCCUUACAUUGAUGAGCAGCUACAGCACCUAAUGUGUGGAUAUUCAGAAAUGACUCUGGAAGACAAGAAUUUGGAUUGUCAGAAGGAGGCUGCUCAUAUAAUUAAUGCCAUGCAAAAAAGGAUCCACCUGCAGACUCUGAGGGCACUGUCAGAAGUACAGAAAAUGACGCCAAGAGAAAGGAUGCGGCUGAGGAAGCUCCAGGCGGCUGAUGAGAAAGCCAGGAAGCUGAAAAAGAUUGUGGAAGAAAAAUAUGAAGAAAAUAACAAACGAAUGCAAGAAUUGAGAUCUCGGAACUUUCAGCAGCUGAGUGUUGAUGUACUCCAUGAAAAAACACAUUUAAAAGGAAUGGAAGAAAAGGAGGAGCAACCUGAGGGAAGACUUUCUUGUUCACCCCAGGACAAGGAUGAAGAAAGGUGGCAAGGCAGGGAAGAGGAAUUUGAUGAACCGACUUUAGAGAACCUGCCUGAGUCUCAGCCUAUUCCUUCCAUGGACCUCUGCGAACUUGAAUCAAUUGUAGAGGAUGCCACCUCUGACCUUGGAUAUCAUGAGAUCCCAGAAGACCCACUUGUGGCUGAAGAGUACUACACUGAUGCAUUUGAUUCCUAUUGUGAAGAGAGUGAUGAGGAGGAAGAAGAAAUAGCGUUAGAAAGACCAGAGAAAGAAAUCAGGAAUGAGGGAUCCCAGCCUGCUUACAGAACAAACCAACAGGACAGUGAUAUUGAAGCGUUGGUCAGGUGUUUGGAAAAUGUCCUGGGUUGCACUUCUCUAGACACAAAGACCAUCACCUGCAUGGCUGAAGACAUGUCCCCAGGACCAACAAUUUUCAACAGUGCGAUGGCCAGGACCAAGAUGAAACGCAUGAAGGAAUCAGCCAUGCAGAAGCUGGGGACAGAAGUAUUUGAAGAGGUCUAUAAUUACCUCAAGAGAGCAAGGCAUCAGAAUGCUAGCGAAGCAGAGAUCCGGGAGUGUUUGGAAAAAGUGGUGCCUCGAGCCAGCGACUGUUUUGAAGUGGACCAGCUCCUGUACUUUGAAGAGCAGUUGCUGAUCACGAUGGGAAAAGAACCUACUCUCCAGAACCAUCUCUAGGCAACUAUCAAAAAGAAGCAGAAGUUCAAGUGGACAAAUUUAUGUGAAAAUUCAUUUAACAUAUAAGCUGAACUCUAUUAUGGGGAAUGGAUACAAAAGUGGAGCUCUCAUCCUGACUUUCAAUUCCUCGUCAGAAGUACUGGCUUCUUUAGAGAGUAGUAAGCAUGGGUGCCUACGCUUGGAGUCAUAAGUGUUAUUUGGACUAUACCCUGAGAUAAGCUUAUAGAUCAAGUUUGGCUCCCUUGAAAAGCCUUUCUCUCAUGUGUGCCCUCAGGGCUUCCAGCAGGAUUGAGUCAUCCUGACGAUGACCGGGGAGAAGCUGUGUGCUCUUCAUCAUUUUCAGCUGGAGGACAAAACUCAGUGCCUGACUGCCUAGGGUCUCAUGGACUGUGGGCAGCCUGCCGGUGAAGGUCACUGGACCCUAGCCUACAACAUGCUGAGCUACAGCCCAGAAGCCAGACAUGCCUGUCUUAGCUGACCUGUUUUUGGUCCACUUUUGCCCUUCCAUGACUAACAAGGAAGAUAUGUGUGUAUUUCAUACACACACGAGGACCUGGAUUAAAAAUCCAAAAAGUGAUUCUCUUCUAUGAUUUAUUUCAAACUCAUCCAUAGAUAAUUCAAGAUUUGUAUUCAAAAUAAACAUAGUUUUCACAGUUACAAAAUAAAUCACCUAUUUUAUCUUUUCCUUA